GGCAAAUGCACCAAAGUUAAACUUUGGAGGCACUGCUGUAACUCAGGCUACUGGAAUCACUGGAGGCUUUGGAUUUGGUAGCUCUGCACCAACCAGCGUGUCCUCGAAUCAAGCAGCAGCCCCUUCGGGCUUUGUGUUUGGAUCUGCUGGCACCACCACGACCACGACCGCCACUGCUCAGUCCGGGACAACUGGAGGGUUUAGUUUUUCCAGCGGAAGCACAACUCAGGCUGGAACGGCCAGCUUUGGCAUUGGCACUGCAGCUCCGCAAGCAGCUCCAGCAGGGUUGACCUUUGGAGCAGCACCUGCGGCUGAUGCCACCUUAGGAGCUGCCACUCAGUCGACAACCCCCUUCAGCCUUGGGGGGCAAUCCUCAGGGCUAAACUUUGGGUCAUUGCCUUCAACAGCAACCACCAGUGCACCCACGGCAACGCUGACCACUAGUACGAGCCAGGGACCCACUCUGUCCUUUGGAGCUAAACUUGGAGUAACAUCCACAGCUGCUACAGCUGCCUCUACCACCACGACUUCUGUUCCUGGUUCGACGGGGCCUACGCUGUUUGCGUCUAUAGUGAGCUCUUCUGCACCAACGUCAUCUACCACCACAGGUCUCUCACUUGGUGCCCCUUCCACUGGGACAGCCAGUCUUGGAACGCUUGGGUUUGGAUUAAAAGUUCCUGGAACAACAGCUGCUGCAACAAGCACUGCCACUAGCACUACUACUGCUUCUGGGUUUGCUUUGAAUCUUAAGCCAUUAACUACGACCAGCACCAUUGGAGCUGUAACUUCUACAGCUGCCACAACCACAACAACAACCAGUGCCCCUCCUGUGAUGACUUAUGCUCAGCUGGAGAGUUUGAUAAACAAGUGGAGCCUGGAACUGGAAGACCAAGAGAAACAUUUUCUCCACCAAGCUACACAAGUUAAUGCCUGGGAUCGGACACUGAUAGAGAAUGGAGAGAAGAUUACUUCAUUACACAGAGAAGUAGAGAAAGUGAAGCUUGAUCAGAAGAGACUGGAUCAGGAACUAGACUUCAUUCUGUCACAGCAGAAAGAGCUUGAAGACUUGUUGACUCCUCUGGAGGAGUCUGUGAAGGAGCAGAGUGGGACUAUCUACUUGCAGCAUGCAGAUGAAGAACGGGAGAGGACCUAUAAACUGGCUGAAAACAUAGAUGCUCAGUUGAAGCGUAUGGCACAAGAUCUGAAGGACAUCACUGAGCACCUGAAUACAUCAAGAGGCCCAGCAGACACGAGUGACCCGCUUCAGCAGAUCUGCAAAAUACUGAAUGCGCACAUGGAUUCGUUGCAGUGGAUUGACCAGAACUCAGCUGUGUUGCAGAGAAAGGUAGAAGAGGUGACAAAGGUUUGCGAGAGCCGCCGCAAGGAGCAAGAGCACGGGUUUCGGAUCACUUUCGAUUGAAAGACUCAAAGAUUAAAGGCUUAACCUAAAAUCUCCACAGAAAACAGAGGUUGCUGGGGACCUGGGACUCAAAUUAUGAUCUGAGUUUGUUUCUUUUCUUGCUGUAAGAUUUACUGUUCCCAAGCCA